UCCCACUCAUUGAGACCGAUGACAUGCCAACAUCUCAGGUAUUCACAUUGAUUAUUUGACCCUACUUUCAUUCAAUUGUCCUCGUCACCUCAGCUUCAAGGUCAGGUACAUGCAUCAUAAACGGACCGGCCUUGUCACUACUAUUUUGGUCCUUCUGCUCGCGAGGCACCCAUCUGAUCUUAACAUCGUGUUCCACAGACUAAUUGUACAUUUUGGCGUUGGCGUCCACUAUCAUCCAUUCCAUACUCAUAUCAAACCUAGGAACACGUUCGUCAUCCUUUAUGCGAACGAUGCUGAUGUUACUAUCCACACGAAUUGUUGCAACUCCAGAUCCAACGAGACUGCCCCCACGCGUGCUCUCACUCUUCUGAUCCAUCACUAGAGCAGCAGCCAUGCCUUCAUCGCGACUGGCCCCCAUUACUCACCACAGGCCUGCAGCCGGGUUUGAUGCUGUGGGUCUAGUGGAGAGAAAAGUGGACUUACUUAGCCUAGCCAUUCGAUGAUACCCACCC